ACAGUCAGUCAUUUGGUUGCUGUUGAUCUGAUGAGCUUCAACACGAUAUAUUUGAUGCUGAUGUUGGUCAGAAUGGCUCCUGCUCUUCCUCUGAUCUUUCUGCUCAUGAUUCACAGGGUUUCUAGUGCUGAUUGGGGUGUGAGUUACAGUCCUUCACACAUCUGUGCACUAAAGGACUCAUCAGUGAUAAUGAACUGCACUUAUACAUACCCUACUGGACAUCAGAUUGAGAGAGUGUUCUGGAGCAAGACAAAAAACUAUAAACUGGACACAGAAGAGUUUCCAGAUCUGUCUGAGGACCCUGAAUACAGUCAGAGGCUUCAGUAUCUGGAAGAUAAACAGCAGAACUGCACCAUCAGACUGAGUCAUGUGACACUGAAGGAUUCACACAUGUACUAUUUCAGAUUCACCACUGAUAAAGACAAAUGGAUUGGUUAUCCCGGAGUGACUCUUACUGUCACAGAUCUUCAGGUGGAGUCUCCUGAGAGAGUGACAGAGGGAGAUUCAGUCCGUCUGACAUGUAAAAGCAGCUGCACUCUGACUGACAGAGCAACAUUCAUCUGGUACAGAAACUCACAGCCAUUAACUGAGAGAAGAGACAGAAACAAUGAACUCCUGCUGCAGUCAGUCAGAAGAGAGGAUGCAGGCAGAUAUAGCUGUGCUGUACACGGACACAAUCACAUCUCUCCUGCUGUUCAGAUCAAUGUCAUGUACCCUCCAAAGAAUGUCUCAGUGUCCAUCAGUCCAUCUGGUGAAAUAGUGUCAGGAGAUUCAGUGACUCUGAUCUGCAGCAGUGAUUCAAACCCUCCUGCAGAAAUCAGCUGGUUUAAAGGAGGAACGUUUGUAGGAUCUGGAAGAAUCUACAGCAUCUCAAAGAUCAGCUCUGAUGACAGUGGAGAAUACAAGUGCAGAUCCAUCAAUGAACAUGGAGAAAAAUACUCUGAUGCUGUGACUUUAAACAUCAUGUACCCACCCAGGAACGUCUCCAUCAUUCAGUCUGGUCAGAUUUGGGCAGGAGAUUCAGUGACUCUGAUCUGCAGCAGUGAUUCAAACCCUCCUGCAGAAAUCAGCUGGUUUAAGGAGAAUGAAAGCUCAGCUGUUGGAUCUGGACAGAGUUUCAGUGCACUACAGAGUGGACGCUUCUACUGUCAGGCUCACAAUCAACAUGGAUCUCAGAGAUCAGACGCUGUAACUGUCACAGUUCAUCAUGGUGCUGGUAGGAAUGUGAUUGUGAUCGCAGCGACAUCUGGAGGAUUAUUCUUCAUCAUCAUCAUCAUCACAAUCAUCAUUAUAAUGAGGAAACGAAGGGAUGGUCAAACUGAAGAUCUCACAGUGAAACAGAUCUCUGAUCCCAAUGAAGACACAUAUACAGCUCUUGAGCUCAAGUCCACGACCUAUGACCUGUACGACACACUCACAACGGUUCAUCCCAGAGCUCCUGAAGACUCCUGCAGGACUCUUGAUCCUCAGAGCUUUUCUAAACAUGAGAAUCCAUCAAUCAACAGGAAGAUGCUGCAGUAAGAGGCGGAGCAUGAAGGAACCAAUCCUGAGCUCUGUGGGCGGAGCCACAUAUGAUUGACAGGGAUCAUCAGUGAUGAGUCACUAAAGAUGUUUAUUUCUGUAUAGUUGAAGAAACAUGAUGAAACAUGAUGAAAGUAAAAAAGCUGGUGAAUUGUCAUUGUGUAAAAAAAUUCAAAUUAAGGGGCCGUUUACACGACUAAACUUUUUAUGAGUUUUGGCUGUUCAUUUACACCACAAUGACAUUUUGGGGUACUGAAAACUCAAACUUUUGAAGAAAAGGGGUUUCAAAGUGCAAGUUUUUGAAAACAAUACUGUUAUCAUAUUUGUGUAAAAUACAAAAACAGGAAUUUGUUAAAAAGGUGACGUCAUGCACGUGUGUUACAUGUUCAGUCUAUAGGAGCGUAAUGUUUCUUUACAAAGUGACAUCGCCACCUACUGGCCAUGUUUUAGAUGGAUUUAACUCAAUUAAAGUAGUCACAUGACCCUGAUCUCAACUGGUUGCUUACUGAUGCUUUGCUGGACCUAAACCAGCCAGCCACUGUCUGAAUAUAUAUUGGUUUGACUGUAUAUAAAUCAUAGCCUAUAUAAUCAUAAUCAUAAUCAUAAUUUUUAAUCGUUUUCACGGAUCCAUGUAAACAGGAAUCAUUUUAAUAACAUAGUUUUCUUUAUGCAAAAAAAAAGAAAAAAAAAAAGAAAAACGUUUCAGUUUUUAAGACACAUCGUUGUCGUGUAACCGUACCCUGAGUCAGAGAUGUUCAGUGGUGGAUACUAGAUGUCUUCACGGGUCGAUUUGGAUCUGAAAACCAGAGAUCUGACCAGAGACUCGAGAGGAUUCGGGUCCAAAACUUUGACGAGGGCCUCGGAUACGGUUCGGGUCUGAUAUAGUAGCUUCAGGUCUUGGGUAAUUUAAAACAAAUGGACCCAAAGAAGACCUGAAUUAUUUUAAAAUAUGCCAUAACCAUGUCAGGUGUUUAACAAUAUUUUAUUAUUUAAGACAAAUACAUAUUAAAUCAUUCUAGGACAACAUUAUUAUCCCUGUUUUUCUGUCAAUAUGUGCUUCUUUGAUUUCGCCAGGCAGCUCAGUCUGGAAACUCAUACAUUCAUUUCUACUGCUUCUGUUACACUUUUGCGGGAACCAAUCACAGACUGGCUUAUCCAGCUUGCUCGCUAUUGGCGGGUAUAACACGAUGACGAAGCGACGGGAAGCACGACCAUCAAUCCAAUUCAUUUUAACCUCUCGACGAUGCUGAAUGACUUCUUUAGUUUAGCAAACAAAUCGCUCGAGUGGGUGUAAAUAUCACUCACUUUCAUGUUUUUUUUGCAAUGACUGGGCACUUAAUCUGGACCAAAUGUACACUAACAAGAAGCGACACUCAAUAGAACGAUCCAUUGCAAAGACUGUUGGACUCUGGCGUACUGUGUUAUUGUUAUUAUAUGACAAUGAUGACAAUUGUUAUUGUUAUUUCAAGCAUUUAAUAAUAAUAAUAA